AUACUUGGCUUCCACAUAAUAAAGAAAGUCAUUGGGGUUUGAAUAAAUGAUGGCUACAUUUUCAUUUUUGGGUGAAUUAUUCCUUAAAGCAAAAUCUUUUUUGUUUGUUGUGUUUUUUUAGUUGUAUUUUUAUUUUUUAUUUAUUUAUUUUAUUUUUUUUUGUUUAGUUUAGUGUUUUGGUUUGUGUUUUCUUUUUUUCUUUUUUUUAGUUUAGAUUAGUUUAGUAGUGUCCCCCAGUCACUGGGAGUUGUGUCAGGAAGGGCAUCCGGCAUAAAACUUGUGCCAAUAUGCGGAUCAUGGAUGGUCCGCUGUGGCAACCCCUAACGGCAGCAGUCGAUCGAAAGAGUUUAGUUUAGUAUUUAUUUUUUUUAAUUUUUUUUUUGGUUUUUGUUAUUUUGUGCAGUUUAGUUUAGUUGUUUUGUUUUGUUUAGUUUUAGUAUUCUUUUUUUGUUUUUAGUUUAGUUUAGUUUAGUUGUUUAGUUUAGUUUUUUGUUUUCUUUUUUGUUUUUAGUUUAGUUUAGUGCUUUGUUUUAUUUUGUGUUUUGUUUUUGUUUUUAGUUUAGUUUAGUUUUUUGUUUUGUGUGGGUUUUUUUUUUUGUUGUUGUUUAGUUUAGUUUAGUUUAGUGCUUUGUUUUAUUUUGUGUGUGUUUUUUUUUUUUUAGUUUAGUUUUUUUGUUUUGUUUUGUGUUUUUUUUUAGUUUAGUUUAGUCUAGUUUAGUUACGUUUUUUGUUUGGUGUUUUGUUUUAUUUUGUAUUUCUUAGUUUAGUAUAGUUUUUGUUUUGUUUUGUUUUGUUUUUUGUUUAGUUUAGUUAAGUGUUUUCUUUUGUGAUUUUUAGUUUAGUUUAGUUUGCUAUUUUGUGGGGUUUUUUAGUUUAGUUGUUUAGUUUAGUUUUUUUAUUUGUUUUCUUUUCUUUUUGUUUUAGUUUAGUGUUUUGUUGUAUUUAGUGUUUUUUUUUUAGUUGUUUAGCAUAGUUUUUUGUUUUGUUUUGUGUUUGUUUUUGAUAAGUUUUGUUUAAUUGUUUAGUUUAGUUGUUUGUUUUGUGUUUUUUUCUUUUCUUUUUUAGUUUAGUUGUGUUUUCUUUUCUUUUUUUGUUAUUAGUUUAGUUUAGUUGCCUCGAGGUCAGCUUCUUUCUCAAAAAUACUGCAAUGUUUAUUAGAUAAAGAUUGUGAGUUGUUGUCAGAGUUUAUAUAUCAAGUCACAUGACCUCAGUAUUUGCAGGGACCCACUUUACAAUAUUUUUCACAAAAAAAUAACUGAUAAAAACCUGUUGGAGAAAUAUUGCAAUCUGUUACUAGACUAAUAGUAGAUUAAUCGCAUUAGUGAAUCUGCACUGCACAAGCAAAUACCUGUAUUUCAAGCAUUUAAAUCUGACCAAAUUAUAUUGUCCUCUUUCUCUCUCAUUUAAAGGAAACAAUCAUUGCACAUCUUCAGAAGCGAUAUGAGGAACUGCAGAUCUACACGUAUGUUGGUGACAUCCUCAUAGCCCUGAACCCUUUCCAAAACCUCAGCAUCUACUCUCCACACUUCUCAAAGAUGUAUCAUGGGAUGAAACGCUCCAGUAACUCUCCACACAUCUUUGCCACUGCUGAUGCAGCCUAUCAGAGCAUGGUCACACUCUCCAAAGAUCAGUGUAUAAUCAUCAGUGGGGAGAGUGGAGCUGGUAAAACUGAGAGUGCUCACCUCAUUGUCCAACACCUCACCUUUCUGGGAAAGGCAAAUAAUCGAACACUUCGUGAGAAGAUUCUUCAAGUGAACCCCCUGGUGGAGGCGUUUGGUAAUGCAUGCACAGCCAUUAACGAUAACUCCAGCCGCUUCGGAAAAUACCUGGAGAUGAAGUUCACACCUACUGGAGCGGUGAUGGGCGCCAAGAUCUCUGAGUAUCUUCUGGAGAAAUCAAGAGUCAUCAAACAGGCUAUGGGCGAGAAAAACUUCCACAUAUUUUAUUACAUCUACGCUGGUCUUUACCACCAAGACAGCCUCAAGAAAUACAGACUACCAAACAAAACCGCCCCCAGAUACAUUGACUGUGUUAAUGGUAAAGUGAUCCAAGACAUCAUAUCUAGCAAACUGUACAAGGAGCAGUUUGAUGCCAUUCAGGAUUGUUUCCGUAUCAUAGGAUUUACAGAGGAGGAAGUGAAUUCGGUGUACAGGAUUCUAGCAGCCAUUUUAAACACAGGGAAUAUUGAGUUCACAUCGACCACAUCCCAACAUCAGAGCGACAAGAGUGAGGUGCCCAACUCUGAGGCCUUAGAUAACGCGGCCACUCUGCUCAGUAUCGGCUCUGAGGAGCUUCAGGAAGCUCUGACCUCCCAUUGUGUGGUCACUCGGGGAGAAACCAUCAUCCGUACCAACACUGUGGACAAGGCCACUGAUGUGAGGGAUGCCAUGUCUAAAGCUCUCUAUGGACGCCUCUUCAGCUGGAUAGUGAACCGCAUCAAUGCUCUGCUACAGCCUGACACAAACAUCUGUGCGGCUGAGAGUGGGAUGAACGUAGGGAUUCUGGACAUCUUUGGUUUUGAGAACUUCAAGAAGAACUCAUUUGAGCAGCUGUGUAUCAACAUCGCUAAUGAACAGAUCCAGUUCUACUUCAACCAACACAUCUUCGCCCUGGAACAGAUGGAGUAUCAGAGUGAGGGUGUAGAUGCCAGUCUGGUUGAGUACGAGGACAACCGGCCCAUUCUAGACAUGUUUCUUCAGAAGCCCAUGGGUUUACUGUCACUGCUGGAUGAAGAGAGCCGCUUCCCACAGGCUACAGACCAGACACUCGUCGAUAAGUUCCAGGAUAACCUGAGAAACAAGUACUUCUGGACACCCAAGCGUGUGGAGCUUUGCUUUGGAAUUCAGCAUUAUGCUGGCAAGGUCCUGUAUAAUGUGAGUGGUUUUCUGGAGAAGAAUCGUGACACUCUGCCUGCAGACAUUGUGGUGGUUCUGAGAACAUCAGAGAACAAACUUCUACAGCAGCUCUUCUCCAGUCCUCUUACUAAAACAGGUAACUUGGCCACAUCCAGAGCUCGAGUGACUGCGGCGUCCAGAUCUCUGCCUCCACAACUGAACAGCGGCAGAAAUAAGUCUCCUAAAUACCUGUUAAAGGUGGACACCAUGGAAAUGAUGCGUCACCCAGAGGAAACCACUAACAUGAGGAGACAGACUGUGGCGUCGUACUUCAGAUACUCUCUCAUGGACCUGCUGUCGAAGAUGGUUGUUGGCACUCCUCAUUUCGUUCGCUGUAUCAAACCCAACGAUGACCGUCAGGCUCUGCGCUUCAGUAAAGAGCGUGUGAUGGUGCAGCUGCGGUACACUGGCAUCCUGGAGACUGUCAACAUCCGGCGACAGGGCUACUCUCACCGCAUCCUCAUCAACGAGUUCGUUCACAGGUAUUACUAUCUGGCCUUUCGUGCUCAUCAGAUGCCAGAAGGCAGUAGAGAGAACGCCAUCUUUAUACUGCAGAGAGCCAAACUCGACAACUGGGUUCUAGGCCAGACCAAGGUGUUUUUAAAGUACUAUCACGUGGAGCAGCUCAAUCUGAUGUUGCGAGAGGUGAUCGCUUGGGUUGUGUUAAUGCAGGCCUACACCAAGGGCUGGCUGGGAGCUCGACGCUACCGCAGAGAGAGAGAGAAACGACACAAAGGGGCAAUUGUCAUACAGUCAGCUUGGAGGGGUUACGUGGUCCGUCAGAAUCUGAAGCUGACAAAGAGAGAGCGCAAGCAGGCCGCUGUGCAGAUUCAGUCAGCAUACAGAGGGUAUAGGGUCAGGAAAGUCAACAAACAGAGUCGACAAUGGAAUGGACAAGACACAUCAGAAAGAAGAAGCUCUACCAAUCAGAUCCUGGAGGAGAAGGUUGGACAUAAAGAAACAGUCAGUACAGACAACAGGUCCAGUGAGGUGCCUGUGCUGAAAACAGACAGACAGAAUGGCAGAAAAGAGAGAGACAGACCUGCACUGAGCAAACAAGGUCCGCUGGUGAAGCAACAUCACCGUUCCCCUCGGCGAAGAGGACAGCAGCCCAAGCUCCUCAACAGCCCGGAAGACAGUCUUUAUUACAAUCAUCUUAACAGAAGUCUGGAUUAUCAGGGGAGCAAGAGGAAACCCAGAAAAUUGGGGCAAAUCAAACUGCUGGAUAGCGAGGAUGAAUAUUAUCAAUUACUGUCCACAGUAGAGUCCAUCUCUGAGGAGGAAGUAUUAUCAAGCACCUCCCCAAGCCCUCCAUCCGUCCCGCCCAUUGUCCCUCCCACCAUCUCAUCCAGAUGAGCUGUGCUCUGCCCACAACUCUGACUCCAGCUGAUUGCCUUCAACCUGUUGGUAUGAAAUAUGCUGUACAUAUGAGGAAUAAUAAUUUAUGUACGCUUUACUUUUCUCAGUAUUUUGUUGUUUUUAUUGUGAAUGACAAAUGUGCUAUUUAUCUAAAAAUGCAGAUGUGGCUAGUUAAACAAUGACUCUCAAUGGCAGCUUGUUCAACUUAUCAUAUUUCAAAUAAUGUUGCCAAACAACAUGAUUUUAAUGGGAAAAUAUGACCCGUUAUUUAUUUUCUUUUUAAUCUGAUUUUUUAAGGAGUAUGUGGAAAUCCUCUUGUUUGAUCCUAACUGUUCAUGUGAUUCACCACAGACAGCACAAAGUGUGUACAUCAAGUUCUGUUUAGGUUAUUAAUGUGCUCUCUUUGCUUUAUAGCAGGCAAGCAUUUACAUACAUGAGCAGGGCUGUAACGUGACUUUUUAAGACUGUAAGCGACCAUUGAGACUUCCAGUAUUGUUCCAGUGACAGAGUCGGCCAGAUCUUAACGCUACUUCACUGGUUCUUAUUAUGUUGAUAUUAUGAAACCCAGCAGCCUGGUAUUAGAUUUAUUUUGCAACUACAGUGCACAGUUUCGGAAGGAAAGCAUCUGGAAAGUAAUGGCAUGGGUUGUGAAUUUGGGUAAUGUUUCAGUCUUGUCCAGUGUUGAAGUUCUCACUGUUUUUCUCACUCCAAUCUUGUUAUAUGUGUUGUGUCCCACUCUGAGAAA